AUGAAUUUUUUAAAUGCAAAAAACAUGUGUUCAAAAAACGAACGGGAAACAGACGAGACCACAGAAAAAACCAGAAAAAAAGGAGUAAUGACGACGCUGUUCGAACGUCCUCUCUGUUUCCAAAAAAUGGAUAUGGUGUCUGGUGUCUGCGUUUCUAAACUGAUUAGAAAAGAAAACAGAAGAAGUGAGAAUGGACGAAGAACAAGAAGAAGAAGAAAAAGCGAAAGGCGGCAAAAAGUAAUUAACGAUUCGAACUUGGCGUACUCGAGGCGCAUACAACGGAAAAUGGAGAAGAACCCGGAGGAAAAAGAAGACAAAAAGAAGAUUAGAAAUUCAUGA